CCUUGGACACUUUUACACGGGAGCCACUUCCUCUCUGCCAUUGUGUGACACUUUUCCAGUAAGUGAGAAGUUUCCACAUUUUAGAGAAACAAUCAAUUAUGACAUUGAACGUGGCGGGUCUGGCGGUGGUGGCAGCGUUCUAUCUGAUCAUCCUGGGAACAAGCAUCUGGGCGUCCAGGCUCUCCAAGAAGCGUGUGGGAGAUGGAAUCCUACUUGCUGGACGUAACAUCAACUUGCUUGUGGGUAUCUGCACUCUCACAGCGACAUGGGUAGGAGGAGGGUUCAUACUUGGUAUCGCUGAAGCAACAUACAACCCAACAUUAGGGGCAGUGUGGGCUCUCGUGCCUUUGCCAUAUGCCCUUACAUUCUUCUCAGGUGGCUUUUUCUUUGCAAAGCCCAUGAGAGAGAACAAGUAUGUGACAAUGUUGGAUCCUUUCCAGCAGAAGUACGGGAACUUACUGGCCAGUGCUCUGAUCUUUCCAGCACUCAUCGCUGAUGUGCUGUGGGUGGCACGCACACUUGUCAGCGUGGGUGCGACUAUGAGUGUGAUCCUGGACAUUUCUUACGUCUACUCCAUCAUCAUCGCUUCGGUGGUAGCCAUUGUCUACACGAUCCUGGGAGGAUUUUACUCUGUGGCUUACACAGAAGUCAUCCAGCUGAUCCUCAUAUUUAUCAGCCUGUGGCUGUGUGUCCCUUUCGCCUUGACCAACCCUCACUCUUUGGACAUCUCACUGACGGCCUACAACCAGAUCUUUCAGGCUCCCUGGGUUGGCACGGUUGAGCCUCAUGAAGCCGGAAAGUGGUUUGACAACUUCAUGGUGCUGGCUCUAGGUGGUUUGGCUUACCAAGCAUUAUACCAAAGGAUCCUGUCCGCCUCAUCUUACACCCAGGCUCAAGUGAUCUGCUUUGCCUCCUCUGCUUUUUGCCUGGUGCUGGGUAUCCCUCCUAUACUCAUCGGAGCUGUUGCUGCAUCUACUGACUGGAAUUCAACAAGCUAUGGACUACCAACUCCCUAUGAGUGUGGAGAGGCAAGUUCCAUUUUCCCCAUUACCCUGCGAUACCUCACUCCCACGUUUGUGUCCUUCAUUGGCAUUGGAGCUGUAACUGCUGCUGUCAUGUCCUCCAUGAACUCUGCACUGCUGUCUUCUGCCUCAAUGUUCUCCUCCAACGUCUACAAGAACAUAAUCAGAAAACAGGCAUCAGACCGUGAGAUGCAGUGGGUGAUUCGUAUCUCGGUGGUGGUUGUAGGUCUGACUGGUACUGGCCUCACCUUCCUGGACAACAGUGUUCUGGUCUUCUGGCUUGUUGGUUCGGACAUGUCCUUCACCAUCAUGUUUCCUCAGCUGGUUUGCAUUCUCUUCUUCAAGGUGUCCAAUGGCUACGGGGCUAGUUUGGGCUUCUUAGUGGGAAUCACUUUGAGAAUUCUAAGUGGAGAGCCACUCUUCGGCCUGCCACCUGUCAUCUGCUACGGCUGCCAACUGAAUGAUGAGGGAACGCUCACCCAGUUCUUCCCCUUCCGCACUGCUAUCAUGAUCACCUCCCUGCUAUCUGUCCUGCUGUUCUCCUGGCUGGCGGCUUUCCUUUUCAAUCAAGGCCUGUUGUCUGAAAAGUGGGAUGUAUUUAAGGUCAAACCAAAAGAGAACGUUUAUGAAGACAGAAAGGCCGGUGGAAACAACACAGAGGCCCCUGUGUCUGUGCAGUUACUGGAAAGCACCGUUUAAAGGCACCUCACAAGAUGACAGGAGGUUCAACAGGAGUUCAAACUAACAACUACUACUCCAUAACAUCAACAGCUAACUACAAAUGUUUUUUUUAAAUCAUCGAUUAUCACCCAGUGGGCAGCACGGUGGUACAGGGGUUAGUGCAUGUACCGCGGUAUAGCUCGGUUGGUAGAGCGGCCGUGCCAGCAACUUGAGGGUUGCAGGUUCGAUCCCCGCUUCCGCCAUCCUAGUCACUGCUGUUGUGUCCUUGGGCAAGACACUUUACCCACUUGCUCCCAGUGCCACCCACACUGGUUUAAAUGUAACUUAGAUAUUGGGUUUCACAAUGUAAAAGCGCUUUGAGUCACUUGAGAAAAAGUGCUAUAUAAAUGUAAUUCACUUCACUUCACUUCACUACCUCACAUUACAAAGGUCCUGGGUUCGAUCCUGGGCUCUGGAUAUUUCUGUGUGGAGUUUGCAUGUUCUCCCCGUGACUGCGUGGGUUCCCUCCGGGUACUCCGGCUUCCUCCCACCUCCAAAAACAUGGACCUGGGGAUAGGUUGAUUGGCAACACUAAAUUGACCCUAGUGUGUGAAUGUGAGUGUGAAUGUUGUCUGUCUAUCUGUGUUGGCCCUGUGAGGAGGUGGCGACUUGUCCAGGGUGUACCCCGCCUUCUGCCCGAAGCAGCUGAGAUAGGCUCCAGCACCCCCCGCGACCCCGAACGGGACAAGCGGUAGAAAAUUCUGUGUUGUAUCUGUUUUAUGUUGCACGAUUGCACCAAGAAAAAUUCCUAGUUUGUGAACCC